AUGUCGGAUAUGUUAAGUAGCCCAUUUGGGCUCUCCGUCCGCAGAAACGGCUCCUGUCUCUCAACAGAACAAGAUUGCAAGCAGACUUGGGCGCCCUUCCACGCCUGUUGUCCCGGCGGCACGAAAUGUCCAACCGGCCAAGACAACGUGAAAUGCUGCCCAUCAGACGCAGACUGCACCGAAUUGGUUGAUCACACACGUUGUGCAAACAGCAGUGCAAAUGUCUAUAAGGCCAAUGAUUAUUUUUGCUGCGCUGCUGGCAUGCAGGCUUUCCAGCAAAAGAACGGGUUUGUCGGCUGCACAGAGGAUACAUCCACCUUGGAUAAAAGUAUGACUCUAUUGAAAAUUCGGUAUUAUGGCACUACCUCAACAUCCGUGCCAUCGUCGACAACAUCCCCCACCACAGCCAUUACCGAUCCUGCAGCAGGGACCACCUCUACAAGCGCGCCGGAGAAUUCGUCUUCGUCGUCCCAUACCGGAGCCAUUGCUGGCGGCGUUGUUGGCGGGGUAGCUGGGUUGGCCAUCCUGGCUGGUCUACUCUGGUUCCUACUUCGCCGCCGAAACAGGGCAAAGCAAAGCAUAGGAAAACAUACGGACCCAAGCCCUCUAAUGUCCAGUGCUCCCGGAUCAAGUGUGAUCGGAUCGAGUGUCCCUGGAUCGAGUCUUCCCGGAUCGAGUCUUCCCGGAUCGAAUGUCGUCGAGUACUACAAUAAAGAACCCCAAUCACCACAAGAACUUGCUGGCACUAAGGAGCCCCAGCCACCGCAAGAGCUUCCUGGUCGAGACGAAAAUAUGGUGCAUGAAUUACCAUCGCAGACCACACAUCGGUGA